AUGGCUAUGAAACGAUAUCCUCAUGUAUAUCCUAUAUCUGAUGACAUACCAAGCAAAAGUAUUCAACGAGUUAGAGAGAGCGUUCCGGUUAUCAUUGGAGCAGUUGGCGAAGAGAUUGAAUUGCGAUGUCCUGCUACUGGUGCACCCGGUAUAUAUGGUGAAGUGAAGUGGGAAAAAGUUAACGGAGAAUUACCAUAUGCUUAUUCAAUUCGCCAAGAUAUUCUGUAUUUAAAGGAUGUUAAACGAACGGAUGAAGGAGUUUAUAGAUGCAUAAUACGAACUGAUUCCGGUUUGGCAACUGUUACACACGUUCAUUUGAAAGUCUCCGAUUUUGUGCCAAUGUUUGGUGGAAACGAUUACAUGGAACUGAAACCAUUAACCGAUGAACAAUGGAAUGAUAUUAAUCUGAAAAUUUCAUUCAAACCAAAAUUACCUAAUGGUUUGUUGAUAUAUACAGAACGACAAGAUGAAAAUAAUCCGGAUGAAAUAAUCAAUUAUUUGAGUAUUGGAUUAAAAAAUGGCCAUGUAAUUUACCGGUACAAUAUCGGUGCUGGACCAGCUGAGUUAAUAAGCACAUACCCAAUAGUGAUGGAUGAAUGGCAUAAAAUUGAAAUUAUCAAUCAACCAAGUCAUGCUACGUUACUAGUUGAUGAAGAUGACGCCAUUGAACAGGAUAAUUAUUAUUUUAAUACCGGUGAAGGUAUAUCAAAUAUUUUAAAUGUUGCUGGUACUAAAGAUAAAGCAAAAUUGGAACGUACUACUUUUGAGCAACCAUUUGUCGGAACAAUUACUUCAUUAACAAUAUCCGAUGAAAUGAUCGAUUUUGGUGAAAAUACUAUAACGAAAUCACCAAAUAUACAAAAAGAUACGGCAUGUUCAUUAGGAUUGUGUCAGCACAAUUCCGUUUGCAUACCGACGAAUGUCCGCAAUGGUUUCAUAUGCGAUUGCUCAAAUGCGAAAGGGUAUGAAGGUGAAUUCUGCGAACGCAAAAUUCUAAAAUGCAGUGAUGUUACUUGUGGAGCUGGAACAUGUGAGUAUCGGUCAGAUGGUACGCAAUUUUGUCGUUGUCCAGUUGGACGGUACGGUGACCGAUGUCAGCUAUUGGAAAGUGAAGAUGUUGUUGAGUCUAUUCAAUUCAAUGGCAAAACUUCGUACAUCGUAUUACCGAAAUCAAAAACACUUCGCAAUUUCAGUCUAAAAAUGGAAAUCGAGCCACGCGCAAUAAACGAUCAGUUAUUAUCAUAUCAAGCAAGUGAUUAUAAUCCAAAGCGAUCCAAUUAUUUAGCGCUUGCAAUACGUCGCGGAAAAUUUGUUUAUUUUUAUAGCAGUGGAGAUGGUAAUAUAGAAAUUGAAUCACCAAAUGAAGUGAAAACAAAUAUACCAUAUCAUCUUGAUCUGAAACGAUUUGGUAAUCGAGCUGAAGUACGGAUAAACGGUACGAAAAUUCCAACUCGUGGCAAACUUUCAACAUUUUUACCAGGAACCAAUUUAUUUAUUGGUGGUAUACCUUCGGGUAUUAUGGUAAAUCCAAGAAUUGGUGGUGCUGCCUCAUUUAAGGGAUGCAUUUCGAAGAUCAUUCUAAACGGAAAGGAUAUAAAUUUGGCUGAAAUAUUAAAAAAAUCAUCACGUGAUGUAACGGUUUGUAAACCGUAUACGAUUGAAGAAGACGAAGACAUUCAUAUACCAUUCAUUUGGACUACGCCGAUACCAACGAAACGUACAACAAUUCAUAUUACGACGUCAAAAUAUUCACGAAUUAAAUCAACAGAAAAGUAUGAAGUUGAAACCAAGGAUAUGACGACAUUACAUCCGGAAGAACGUACAAAAGCAAUACCUUGCACCGGUGAAAAUUGUAUGGCGCAAUGUACACCAGAUAUAUGUGGUGAUCAUGGCGAUUGUGAAAUAAUCAAUGGAACUCAUAUUGUAUGCUCAUGUCGUGACUAUUAUGAUGGUCCAAAUUGUGAAAUUUUUAAGCCAAUUGAGCAUGCAGCAAAAUUUGAUGGUAAAGCAUUUAUCGUAUUUUCCAUUGAUGAUUUUCCACAUUUAACUUCGGAACAUGAGGAAAAUUUAAGUUUACGAUUCAAAACAUCCGCAUCAUCCGGGUUAAUAUUUUGGCAAGGUCAGCCAUUUGGUACAUCUUUAAAGGGAGAUGACUAUAUAUCGAUUGGCUUGAGUGAUGGUCAUUUGGUUUUUUCAUACGAACUUGGUGGUGGUGCAUCACAGUUGAUCAGUACUGAAGUAGUAAAUGAUGAUAAUGAGCAUCAAUUACGAAUUUGGCGAAAAGGUCGCGAUGGAAAAAUGACCAUCGAUGAGGGAGCACCAGUUAUAGGCUCAUCAUUUGGCAUUGUUGCUAUGCUUAAUGCAGAUGGAGAUGUUUAUAUCGGUGGUGUGCCGGAUUUGGAUAGUAUGACCGGUGGUUUACAUGAAGAAAACUUUGUUGGUUGUAUUGGCGAUAUAACAUUCAACGGUGUAAAAAUGGAUCUAAUGGCAAAUGCAAUUGAUGGACGAAAUGUGAAGCCAUGUGACCAAUGGAUGACAAAGAAGAAAUGGUUGCCGAUUAGAAAGUAUCGAUGGCGGUGA